AUGGCACCGCGGAGGGUCGGAAGCAGGUCUAGGAAGAGAGGAGCUCGUGUGAUGGGACGGUCUAGACUGAUGGCUGCAAUCCUGCCCCAUCUCCAAGACCAGGAUGUGGAAGCUGUAUUCGUGACAACUGGGUGGAAGGAGUCGCUGUCAUUUGAGGAUGUGGCUGUGUACUUCACUAGAGAAGAGUGGGACAAACUUGACUGGGCUCAGAAGGACCUCUACAGAGACGUGAUGCUGGAGAAUUACAGGAACAUGAUCCUGCUGGGAUUUCAGUUUCCCAAACCUGAGGUGAUCUGCCUGCUGGAGCAGUGGGAAGAGCCAUGGAUCCUGGAUCUACCAAGAACUGGGACUAGGAAGGCUUCCAGUAGUGCUUGCCCAGGUUCUGAAGCCAGAUGGAAGAUGAAAAAGCCAACUCCAGGGCAGAAGAUCUUUAAAGAUUUAGAGUCGUGUAAGACAUCGGCAGUAAAGCAGCAAACAGCCAAGGGAUCUUCAGAAAAGUUACGUAAAUGUAACGAAUUGGUGGACAUUUACAGACUUGCCUUUCCCACUAUUGGUGAUGAAUGCAGUAAGAACUUCCUUCAAAACCUUCACCUUAUUCAAGAUCAGAAUGCUCAAACAGGGAGGAGGCGUGGCCAGUGUGAUGAGUAUGGAAAGCCUUUCAGUCAGAGAUCACUGUUUUUGCAGCAUAAGCAAAUCCCUCCAAACGCAAAAUCUUACAAAUGCAGUGAAUGUGGAAGAGUCUUCAGACGUCAGGCAAAUUUUGUUCGACAUCAUAGAAUUCACACAUCAGAGGACCCCUUUGAAUGCGACAUAUGUGGGCAAGCCUUCAAACAGAAGUCCACUCUUGCUGUCCAUAAACAGUGUCACCUGCAGAAAAAGCCAUAUAAAUGUCAUGACUGUGGAAAAUGUUUCCGUCAGAUGGCAUAUCUUAUUGAACAUAAGAGGAUCCAUACCAAAGAAAAACCCUAUAAAUGUAGUGAGUGUGAAAGAACGUUUAGUCAGAAUUCAACCCUUAUUCGACAUCAGCUAAUCCAUAGUGGAGAAAAACCCCACAAAUGUGUCGAGUGUGGAAAAGCCUUUGGUCGGCAUUCGACCCUUAUGAGCCAUCAACAGAUUCACACUAAACAGAACACUCAUAAAUGCAGUGAAUGCGGGGAAUGCUUCAGUCGGAAUGUAGACCUCAUUCAGCAUCAAAGAACCCAUACCAAGGAGGAAUUCUUUGAAUGUACAGAAUGUGGAAAAACUUUUAGUUUUAAGGCAAAUCUUCAUCGCCAUGAGGUCAUUCAUACUGGAGAGAGACCUUACAGAUGUGAGAAAUGUGGAAAAUCUUUUAUCUGGCGCACAAGCUUUAUUAAGCAUCAGGGUACUCACAGAGAACAGGUAUCUGUGUGA